CAAACUCGUCAUUCUAACUGGGGACAAUGAGUUGAAGCGUUAGACCAAAAUGAUUCGAACCCGUCCCACGCUACAGGAACCCGAUAUCAAAGAGUAUCUCGUGAAGGGAGACAGGUUCACAAAAUGGAAAGAAGACUCCAAGAAAACCACUCCGGUCACCAUGAAGAUGGACCCCAAGGGCUUCUACCUGUACUGGGUCAAUCAGAGCAAGGAAACAGAGUUUUUGGACGUCUCCACCAUCAGGGACACGAGAGCUGCAAAAUAUGCCAAAGUCCCGAAACAUCCAAAAGUGCGUAAUGUGUUCAACAUGGACUUCCCUGACAGUCAUCAUCUGGCCAAAGCGCUGACCAUCGUCACCGGCGCCGACACCGUCAGCCUCACGUACCACAACUUCUUUGCUGCAAAAGAAGUGGCCCAGAUGUGGGCGGACGACAUCCUGGCGAUCGCGUAUAACACACUGAGAGCUAACGCCUGCAGACAGCUCUACCUGGAGAAAGUGUAUGUUCGCCUCUUAUUGCAAACCAACAAAGAUGGAAAAAUCCCUGUUAAAAAUAUCUUUAAGAUGUUUCCUGCAGACAAGAAAAGAGUGGAAGCUGCUCUGACAGCGGCAAACCUCCCGAAGGGAAAGUUUGACACCAUUAAAUCGGAGGUGUUCACUGAGGCGGCGUUCAAGGCCUUCCUGAUGAAUCUCUGUCCCAGGCCUGAAAUCAACGAAAUCUUCACGUCCUUCACCAAAGGAAAGGGUUCCAUGACGAAGGAGAUGCUGACGAAGUUCCUGAACGAGAAACAACGAGAUUCUCGCCUCAACGAAGAGCUGUUUCCUCUCGUCAGAACCGAGCAGGUCAAGAACCUCAUCGAGAAAUACGAGCCGAGCUCGUCCAACGCCAGCCGCGGUCAGAUUUCUCCCGAAGGUUUGAUGUUUUAUCUGAUGGGAUCUGAAACAUCCGUGGUGAAGCAGGACAAACUGGCCCAGAGUCACGACAUGACUCAACCUCUGCCACAUUACUUCGUCAAAUCCUCCCACAACACCUAUCUCACAGCCGGGCAGCUGACGGGCGUCUCGUCCCCGGAGAUGUAUCGCCAGUGUCUCCUCGCCGGCUGCCGCUGUCUGGAGCUCGACUGCUGGAAGGGCAAACCACCCGAUGAAGAGCCAAUCAUCACGCACGGCUUCACCAUGACAACCGAGAUCCUGUUCAAGGACGUGAUUGAAGCGAUCGCUGAGAGUGCCUUCAAAACAUCCAAGUAUCCUAUUGUGCUUUCCUUUGAGAACCACGUUGAUUCAGUGAAGCAGCAGGAGAAGAUGGCGAACUACUGCAGAACUAUCUUUGGAGACGCUCUGCUCGUCGAUUUACUGGACAAAUAUCCUCUCAAGCCGGGUCAGCCGAUCCCGAGUCCGUCUGAGCUGAUGGGUAAAAUACUGAUCAAGAAUAAGAAAAGCAGCGCACCUCCGAGCAAACCAGAUCAAGCAAAGAAACCGCCUGCUCAAGAACAAACUAAUGACGCUGCAGAUGCUGAGUCCAACCAACCCACUGAUCCAAACCAUCCUGCUGAUCCAAACCAUCCCGCUGAUCCAAACCAACCCACUGAUCCAAACCAACCUGCUCCGGCCAACCCAGAAGGCACCGACGCUCAUCACGCGACCGAGCAUGAAGAACAUGAUGACCACGAUGAACAUGACGAAGAGAAGAUGAAGAACUCUGAUGAGGGUACCGCUGGACAGGAAGUGACAGCAUACGAGGAGAUGUCCGCCCUGGUCAACUAUGUACAGCCCAACAAAUUCAUCUCUUUUGAGAACGCAAUUAAGAAAAACAGGAGUUAUGUCAUCUCGUCCUUCGUGGAAACCAAAGGAGAGAGUUUGAUCGCGAAGAACGCUGUGGACUGGGUGGAAUAUAAUAAGAGGCAGAUGAGCCGUAUUUACCCUAAAGGAACCCGUGUGGACUCUUCAAACUACAGUCCUCAGCCCUUCUGGAGCGCCGGCUGUCAGUUCGUGGCGCUCAACUACCAGACUAUGGAUUUCCCCAUGCAGCUGAACAUGGCUCUGUUCGAGUUUAACGGCAGGACGGGUUACAUGCUCAAACACGACGUGCUCCGUCGGAACGACAAGAAGUUCGAUCCCUUCACUGACAGGAUCGACACCAUCAUCGCCAGCACUCUCACCAUUAAGAUUUACUCCGGUCAGUUCCUGUCGGAUAAGAAUGUGAAAACCGGAGUGGAGGUCGAGCUCAUCGGUUUGCCCAAAGAUCCCAAACGCAAAUUUCGCACCAAAUGGAGUCCCACACCCAACGCCAUCAACCCGGAGUGGAACGAGGAGCCGUUCGUCUUCGAGAAGAUCUUGCUGCCGGAGAUGGCCUACCUCCGGCUCGUGGUUCAGGAGGAGGGCGGGAAGUUCUUAGGCCACCGGAUCAUCCCUCUGGACGCUCUUCAGACAGGUUUCCAGCACAUCUGUCUGCGCAGUGAGAGCAACAUGCCUCUCACACUGCCGUCUGUGUUUGUGCACAUCGAGGUGAAGGACUACAUCCCUGCUGCGUUCGCUGAUUUCUCAGAUGCACUUUUCAAUCCAGUGAAGACUACAAAGCCACCGAAGACAGAGAGUUUAACAUACGUGAGUGAAUAUGAGUUACCUGUUGCUGACGGAGUCCAGAAGUCUGUCACUCCUGCACCUGCCGCAGAAGCUUCUGUCUCAUCUGAAGCUGUAGAGAAACCAGUAGAGGGCGACGUUGCUCCUCCAGCGGAGGCUCCCAGUGAAAAGCCUGAAGAGAAUCCCACUGCGACUCCAGCUCCAGAACCACCUAAACCUGAACCAGAACCAGAACCUGAACCCAAACCAGAACCCAAAACAGAAACAGAACCCAAACCAGAGCCACAACCUGAACCCGAACCCAAACCAGAGCCAGAACCCGAACCAGAACUCAAACCAGAGGAAAAAGCAGAACCAGAACCGGAACCAGAACCGACACCAGAAGAAAAUCCGGAUCCAGAACCUGCUGCAGCUCCAGAUAAUGUUGUCACAGAGACCAAAGAGUCCAGUGAGGAAACCCCUUCUGAUCCAUCAGAUCCCUCCACUGUGACCUGUGAAGAACUGCAGCAACACAAGAACUUCCUGAAGGUCACCAAGAAACAAGAGAAAGACCUGAAGGACAUGGAGAAGAAGUUUCAGAAGAAACGAGAAGAACUCCUUCAGAAAUACAGCGAGCAGUUCAAAGCCUUGAAGAAGAAGAGCACAGCCAAGAAGUCUGGAGCUGAAGGAGCAGAUGCAGGAGAUCAGAUGACUGAACUCAAGCAGAAGCUGAAGUCAGAGCUCAGAGCGCUGCUGGUGGAGUAUCACGAUCAGCUCAAGAAGAAGAAAGAGCAACACAACACCGAGCGUUUGACCAAACUCCUGGAAACAGCCACAGAGAAGCACAGCAGUGAGAUGAAGGCACUCAACAGUGAGCCCAAAAAGAAGGACAAACUGAAGAAAUCCAAGAGCACAGAGCAGCUUGACAACGAUAACGCUCCGUCGGCAGAUACCAGCACCGCUGAUGGUUCUCCUCAGGAACAGAGUCUGAAGAAGAGACAGGCCGCGACGCUCGCCAACAUCAGGGAGCUGAUCAGUCAGCUCAAUAAAGACGCUGUGGCCGAACACGCUAAGAAGAUGUGGUCUCUGCCCGGCGACCUGUCCGAGGCCGUGAACUCCUGCGUGAAGCCUCAUUUCCCGGAGCACGUGGACAAGGCCGGCGAGAACCGCCCCGAACAAGCGGGACAGUACAGUCCGGUCUUCGUCGGAUGAACUCCAUGUGUCUGUAUGAGGGUCAGAACCACAGUUUAAACACACUCUAAUGAAAUAUUUAAC